GCUGGAGAUAAUGAAAAUGAGGUUGAAAAGUGGAGUUUACCUUUUUAAGUAACUAACUGUAACCCCAUCUCACUUCCUUCCAUUGUAUCCCCCCCCCAGAUGUCCUCUCUGUGUUGUGAUAGCCUACAUUCCAUUGGAUAACAUUUAGUAGGCUUGGGGCAGCGUGGUGUGUUGUGGCGUCACAGACAGUGAUAAAAGAGAACACCAGUCCUUUGAGACUGUGUCUUCUGUUUUCUCUAAGAGCUGGACUCUGUACUGAGGGCUCUACACAGGAGCUCAAAGACACACCACGCCGAGGUUGGAAGAGACAUCACCCAGCCAGUGGAGUCAUCAUCAUCCUCAUGACCCAGAGACCCGGCCAUGGCUGUUCUGUCUGUGUGGCCCAGCUGACAGUCCUCCUCACCCUGGCCCUGCUGCUGUGUCCCCUGGGGAGGGCGCUAGGCAAGCCCCAGGCUUCUCCGGCCCAGGUGCUGCAGGGCCUGCUGGAGCGCUAUGGGGACAACGCCACCAUCUCUGUCCCCCAGCUCCGCUCCCUGCUGUCCCGACUUGGUGCACCUGGUCAGGGGGACAACAGCACCGCAGCAGAGGGGACGGCUCCACCUGCUCCGCCUAAAGUCAACCUGUCCAAAUGCUUACCUGCAGACACUCUGGCGGUGUACAGUAUAAGCGAGCAGUCUCAUCUGGAUGGGCGUGGCUUACAGGAGCUCUGCCCCACCAUGCUGCAGCAAUUGGACGCCGGCGCCUGUGGGGAGGAGAAAGGGGAGGAGCUUAUCAUAGACCUGCCUUCCAAACCCACUGCUGCUGAAGUUUGGGGUUAUGGGUUCCUGUGUGUGACCCUCAUCUCUCUGUGUUCGCUGGUUGGGGCCAGUGUGGUCCCCUUCAUGAGGAAAACCUUUUACAAGCGCCUGCUCCUCUACUUCAUAGCCCUGGCCAUUGGCACCCUCUACUCCAACGCCCUGUUUCAGCUCAUCCCAGAGGCAUUUGGCUUUGACCCCAUGGUGGACAACUAUGUGUCCAAGUCUACAGUGGUGUUUGGAGGGUUCUACCUCUUCUUCUUCACUGAGAAGGUCCUCAAGAUGCUGCUCAAACCGAAGAAUAAGGGCCACAGCCACUUCCCAGCCUCAGAGCAGCUGUAUGCUGCAGCCAACAGAGACAUGGAGGAUGGCGUGACCGAAAAGUUGCAGCAGGAGGGAGAGGCAGGGCUUAACCUGCCCAGGGUGGUCGGAGGAGAGGGGGACCGCAAGCUCACCCCCGCACUCACCCCACCGGUAAAAGAGAGGCGCGCACACUCACUGUCAUACACACACUUUCUCACCCUUCCACUCUCCCUCCCUCCAUUCCUCACACCUCUCCUCCUCCUCCAACAGGACUCUCAGAGCCUGGGCGGAGGGAACAGCAGAGGAGGCUGCUAUUGGCUAAAGGGUACAGCGUAUUCUGACAUUGGCACGCUGGCCUGGAUGAUCACGCUGAGUGACGGGCUACAUAACUUCAUCGACGGCCUGGCCAUUGGAGCUUCAUUCACUGCCUCAACGUUCCAGGGCAUCAGCACCUCUGUGGCCAUACUCUGUGAGGAGUUCCCCCAUGAGCUAGGUGACUUUGUGAUCUUGUUAAAUGCUGGGAUGAGUAUCCAGCAGGCUCUGUUCUUCAACUUCCUGUCUGCCUGCUGCUGCUACCUGGGCAUGGGCUUUGGCAUCCUGGCAGGAAACAGCUUCUCACCUCAAUGGAUCUUUGCACUGGCAGGGGGCAUGUUCCUCUACAUUGCCCUGGCAGACAUGUUCCCAGAGAUGAAUGAGGUGAGUCGUGAGGAGGAGGAGGCUGGGGGCAGCAGCUUCUUCCUGACCUUCGCCAUCCAGAACGCCGGCCUCCUAACCGGCUUUGCCAUCAUGCUGCUGCUCACCACCUACUCUGGAGCAAUCACCAUGGACUAGCAUUAGGACUUCUACUGGACCUAACCGGUUUAAACCAAAUCAAACCGGUUACAACUGGAACCGGACCUGGAAAUGCCCUUUGGGGCUGAAAGGGAACGCCCGGUCCUCCCUCCCCAGGCUCCAUCUCUUCCUCUCAGGCCCUGUUUGGCUCUUUAUACUCCCUCAGGACUUUAGAGACCCGGGGCUUUGGUUCUAGUGUGGCAGGAACGCACCCUAUAAGGCUUAAGUUAUGAAAACACUUUUUUAUGCUGUUCCCAUAUGCAGUAGCUACUAGUACACUGGCAUGGGUACCUUCUCUCCUUCAUCUCUCUUGGGCCUUCUCUGACCCACGGACAACAACCCUGUUAAUCAAUCAAACAGUUCCUCGUUCCUCAGACUACUGAGAGGCCAUUUUGGCUCUAAACAGACUGCUGUUGUCAUGGAGAUCAUGUCCUUCUCUCAUUGGUUGUUUUGGAUGUGGACGAUGAGCCUUGACUGGGACCUUUUGAGCACCCGAGGGUCCAGGGACUCCGACGGGGACAUAGCAUAUUUAUAUUACCCAUAUGCCUCUGUGUGCCCAGGAGCCAAACUACGGUGGCCUCAGCAGCACAAUCAGGUAAAAGCAGUUGUGUUGUAGACAUCCUUGGACUUUUUCCUUUAUCCAUUUUCAGAGUGCAAACCCUUUUUUUCAUUCCAUACCAAAAAAAAAAAAAUCAACUGGAAACUAAAUAUUUUCCCCAACAAGGGACUGAGGAUGUGUCUUUCUGAGUACAGUACUUAUAUUUACAUUUUAGUCAUUUAGCAAACACUCUUAUCCAGAGUGACUUAUACAUUUUCUCGUAUUGGUCCCCC